AUGACGGUUGCUCCUUCUCGUCCAGUGGAGAUUAUCGUGCAUGAUGUGGCUUCUAGACGCACCGUAGACUUCAAAUGUGAUAUCGAUCUCCUGCGCUGCAAUAUGAGGUAUUUCGAUCCCAUUAUUAGAAAGCGAUUGGAACUGGAAAGUGCCAAUCAAUGUGAGACAAACGGAAGUAGUGACGACGUUGCGAGGGUAUUUGUUCCCACGGAGUCCAGCUGCAUCUCUUCUUUGACUGAGCCAGUCUCCAUAAAGGUGAACUGUGACGUUGAUAUUUUCCACUGGCUGUUUGAUUGGAUGAUGGCGUCAAAGAAGCCAGCGUUGAAGCCUUCCAUUGUUGUGUCCGUAUUGCUUUCCUCAAAUUUUUUACUUAUGAAUGAUUUAGUAGAGGUGGCUCUGCAGUAUUUGUGCGGUCACUUUGUCGAGGUGAUCCUUUCAGAUGUGGACAUGAAUUGCUUGACGGGAGAACUGGUUGGGCGCCUUUGCAGUAUCAUCACGGACGCAGAUUUGGCUCGAUGGUACCUGCGUCUUUAUCAAUUUGGGAAGGAGAACCACCCUAACCGUUCUUUUAUGACGUCUCUGUUGUGGCAUUGGGUGAUCGAUCGUGUCGGUUACGCGGUUUUUCCAACAGGGAGUCUCAGCGGCGACAACCGUGGUGCACCGUCUUCGAGGACAACGCCCCUCCGUCGACCGGAGUCCCGCAACUUUCAAAGCAAUGAAGGAGCUUCACGGCCCUCAACGCGAUUCAGCGUUGUUUCGAAGAGGGGAAGCCACUUACAGGACCAACCCCGUGCGGGAGGGUUUGUUGAAACUGAGAAUAACACUCUAUCUAACGAGUUUCGAGGGGAGAACAACGGUGGGUUGCGAUGGUGCUGUCUAUGUGGCAUACUCUUUGACAACCAGGAGUACAGGCGUAUCCUUCGUAGCACCGCUCACACCAGCUCGAAGGGGGCUCUUCCUAACGAUGGGCGGUCCCCCUCGAUCCCGACCUCCCAGCCCGUGAAGGAGUGCAUAUGUGCAGGGCUAAGCUCGCCAACGGGUGGGCCCUGCAUGGGUCCUCGCGGCGCGAUGUUCACGACCCACGCACCCUCCCGCCUUUCGGUAUCCCUGGAGCCCCCCUCCCCUCGGUUGAAAAGUGGUGCCGUCGAGCAUUGGGCGUGGCAGGUGGUGGGGGUGAUGCGGUUUGUUGUGUGCUGUCGUUGUCGACGCAUCCUGCCCUUAAUAGAGGUGGUCUCGCACCAUUGCAAGAGCGCCCAAAAAGGAUUGGAGUUUGCGCCGGCAGAGCGGCUCACCCCAGGCACGUGUGCUGCGUUGGAUGUGUAUAGUCUCAUUCAUUGGUAUAGGCAUAUGGCGCAGGCGGGAGUGUACCGUGAGGAGGGCAACCUGGUGCCCAUCCGCUGCCCUCCCAGUAUGGUUGGCUUUCUCAACGCGGAAAGAAUUUUGCUGUCAACUCCCACGACCAAACAGAAGCGGACUUCGUUUCUGACAUCGGAUCCCCCCAACACCAGCUGUGCGGUGCGGACCUAUUCAUGGGACGCGGACCCAGUGGCGGUGGAUGAAGUAGUGAUGCAGGAGGUAGCCCUUUCAGCCAGCCAGGGCAAUCGGCGUCUUAUUGACGUUGACGUUCAAAACCACUAUGAGAGACAAUUUAUGAACGCGCUGAUGGCACGGUUGUCAGCAACACGCACUACUUCUUUAUCCUCAACAAUGAGGCCUCAGGAGGUGCGACAUGGCGACGAUCCCACCACCGCAUUUCCUACCCCACACUCCCAUUUUGCAGAUGGCAACUCAAUUACAAGUGGCCAUGCCUCUUCAAAGCUGAUUCGGGCAGACACGAAAAGUCGUGGUUUGGGCCCCUCUCGAGCUAACAAGGCUUCUGGGAAGACCCCUGUGUUAAGUGUCUACUGUAGUCCCCCGAGCCCCCGAAACUCUCAUUCUCGCAAUCAGAAUCGAAAAAAAGGCAAAAUGGUGAGGGAAAUGUCAUAUUUACCUCGGGUCUUGUCUCAAUUCGAAAAGUAA